UAUCCUCAAUUCAAAAGUAGAAUUGUUUUAGUUUAUUUCUAUACUAUCCACACCUAGCACUGGUAAGUGCUCUCAGGGCUUGGUCAUAGAGGGCUGUGAGAUCAAGUCUCCUUCCAGAAAUAUGAACACAAGGUAUAAGAAAAUAGUGCAGCAUGUUGGAAGUGUGUUCUCAGGGAGACAAUAAACUUGCAAAUGUCUUGGGUAAGGUAACACACAAAAUGCUGGAGGAAAUCAGCAGGUCAGGCAGCAUCUAUGGAGGGAAGUAAACAGUCUAUGUUUUGGGCUGAGACCGUUAAUUAGGACCUAGGAAGGAUCGUGAGUCCUAAUGAAGGGUCCGGUCCUAAAACAUUGACUGUUAAUUUCUCUCCAGGGAUGUUGGCUGACCUGAUAAGUUACUCCAGCAUUGUGUGUGUGUUAUUUUGGAUUUUCAGCAUCUGAUGAACCUCUUGCAUGUAUUGGUGAAUAUCUAUCCUUCAAUGGGGCAUAAUUUUAAGCAAGUACAGGGGGGAUGUUAAAGGUAGAUUUCGUGCACAGAGAGCAGUGGCUGUGAGGAAUGCGUUUGCCAGGGUGCUGGGAGAGACAGAUAUCUCAGGGACAUUGAAGAGCUUCUUAGAUACGCAGAUGGAUGGCAGGGCCUUUGGGUAAGGAAAAGCUAGUUAGAUCUAAGAGUGGAAUAAACAAUCAGCAUAAACACCAUAAAUCAAAGAGAAGGUACUGUACAGUAAAGUUCUAUGUUCCAUGACCUCAAUAGAGGAAAUAAUGUCCGUGAGUUGGUGAAUGGAGGAACUAAUGUCCAUGAUUUGGUCAAUGUAGGAACUGAUGUCCAGUAGUUGGUCAAUGGAGGAACUGAUGACCGUGAGUUGGGGAAUGGAGGAAGUGAUGUCAUUGAGUUGGUGAAUGGAGGAACUAAUGUCCAUGAUUUGGUCAAUGUAGGAAAUGAUGUCUGUGAGUUGGUCAAUGGAGGAACUGAUGUCCGUGAGUUGGUGAAUGCAGGAACUGAUGUCCGUGAGUUGGUGAAGGGAGGAGCUGAUGACUUUGAGUUGCUGAACGGAGGAGGUGAUGUACCUGAGUUGGUGAAUGGAGGAAAUGAUGUCCGUGAGUUGGUGAAUGGAGGAACUGAUGUAAUUGAGUUGUUGAAAGGAUGAUGUGAUGUCAGUGAGAUAUUGAAUGGAGGAACUGAUGUCCGUGAGUUGGUGCAUGGAAUAAGUGAUGUCCGUGAGUUGGUGAAUGGAGGAAGUGAUGUCUGUGAGUUGGUGAACGGAGGAACUGAUGUCCGUGAGAUGGUGAAGGGAGGAGCUGAUGACUUUGAGUUGCUGAACGGAGGAGGUGAUGUACCUGAGUUGGUGAAUGGAGGAAAUGAUGUCCGUGAGUUGGUGAAUGGAGGAACUGAUGUCCGUGAGUUAUUUAAUGGAGGAACUGAUUUCUGUGAGUUAUUGAAUGGUGGAACUGAUAUCUGUGAGUUGUUGAAUGGAGGAACAGAUGUCCGUGAGUUGGUGAAUGGAGGAACUGAUGUCCGUGAGUUAUUUAAUGGAGGAACUGAUUUCCGUGAGUUAUUGAAUGGUGGAACUGAUAUCUGUGAGUUGUUGAAUGGAGGAACAGAUGUCCGUGAGUUGGUCAAUGGAGGAACUGAUGUCCGUGAGUUGGUCAAAGGAUGAAGUGAUGUCUGUGAGUUGGUGAAUGGAGGAACUGAUAUCUGUGAGUUGUUGAAUGGAGGAACAGAUGUCCGUGAGUUGGUCAAUGGAGGAACAGAUGUCCGUGAGUUGGUCAAUGGAGGAACUGAUGUCCGUGAGUUGGUGAAUGGAGGAACUGAUGUCUGUGAUUUAAUGAAUGGAGUAACUGAUGUCCAUGAGUUGGUGAAUGCAGGAAUUGAUGUCCGUGAGUUGGUGAAUGGAGGAAGUGAUGCACGUGAGUUGGUGAAUGGAGGAACUGAUGUCCGUGAGUUGGUGAAUGGAGGAAAUGAUGUCCGUGAGUUGGUGAAUGGAGGAACUGAUGUCCGUGAGUUGGUCAAUGGAGGAAGUGAUGUCAGUGAGUUGGUGAAUGGAGGAAGUGAUGUCCGUGAGUUGGUGAAUGGAGGAAGUGAUGCCCGUGAGUUGGUGAACGGAGGGACUGAUGUCCGUGAGUUGGUCAAUGGAGGAAAUGAUGUCCGUGAGUUGGUGAAUGGAGGAAGUGAUGCCCGUGAGUUGGUGAAUGGAGGAACUGAUGUCCGUGAGUUGGUGAAUGGAGGAACUGAUGUCCGUGAGUUGGUGAAUGGAGGAAAUGAUGUCCGUGAGUUGGUGAAUGGAGGAAAUGAUGUCCGUGAGUUGGUGAAUGGAGGAACUGAUGUCCGUGAGUUGGUGAAUGGGGGAAAUGAUGUCCGUGAGUUGGUCAAUGGAGGAUGUGAUGUCCGUGAGUUGGUGAAUGGAGGAAGUGAUGCCCGUGAGUUGGUGAACGGAGGGACUGAUGUCUGUGAGUUGGUGAAUGGAGGAAAUGAUGUCCGUGAGUUGGUGAAUGGAGGAAAUGAUGUCCGUGAGUUGGUGAAUGGAGCAACUGAUGUCCGUGAGUUGGUGACUGGAGGAAAUGAUGUCUGUGAGUUGGUGAAUGGAGGAACUGAUGUCCGUGAGUUGGUGAAUGGAGGAACUGCUGUCCGUGAGUUGGUGAAUGGAGGAACUGAUGUCCGUGAGUUGGUGAAUGGAGGAAAUGAUGUCCGUGAGUUGGUGAAUGGAGGAAAUGAUGUCCGUGAGUUGGUGAAUGGAGGAAGUGAUGCCCGUGAGUUGGUGAACGGAGGGACUGAUGUCUGUGAGUUGGUGAAUGGAGGAAAUGAUGACCGUGAGUUGGUGAAUGGAGGAAAUGAUGUCCGUGAGUUGGUGAAUGGAGCAACUGAUGUCCGUGAGUUGGUGACUGGAGGAAAUGAUGUCCGUGAGUUGGUGAAUGGAGGAACUGAUGUCCAUGAGUUGGUGAAUGGAGGAAAUGAUGUCCGUGAGUUGGUGAAUGGAGGAACUGAUGUCCGUGAGUUGGUGAAUGGAGGAACUGCUGUCCGUGAGUUGGUGAAUGGAGGAACUGAUGUCCGUGAGUUGGUGAAUGGAGGAUGUGAUGUCCGUGAGUUGUUGAAUGGAGGAACUGAUGUCCGUGAGUUGGUAAAUGGAGGAAUUGAUGUCAGUGAGUUAUUGAAUGGUGGAAGUGUUGUCCGUGAGUUGGUGAAUGGAGGAACUGAUGUCUGUGAGUUGCUGAAUGGAGGAAGUGAUGACCGUGAGUUGUUAAAUGGUGGAACUGAUGUCUGAGAGUUGCUGAAUGGAGAAACUGAUGUCCGUGAGUUGGUGAAGGGAGGAAAUGAUGACUGUGAGUUGGUGAAUGGAGGAAUUGAUAUCAGUGAGUUAUUGAAUGGUGGAACUGAUGUCCGUGAGUUGUUGAAUGGAGGAACAGAUGUCAGUGAGUUAUUCAAUGGAGGAACUGAUGUCUGUGAGUUGGUCAAUGGAGGAAGUGAUGUCGGUGAGUUGGUGAAUGGAGGAACUGAUAUCUGUGAGUUGCUGGAUGGAGGAACUGAUGUCUGUGAGUUGGUCAAUGGAGGAAGUGAUGUCCAUGAGCUGGUGAAAGGAGGAACUGAUGUCUGUGAGUUGGUCAAUGGAGGAACUGAUGUCCGUGAGUUGGUCAAUGGAGGAUCUAAUGUCCAUGAUUUGGUGAAUGGAGGCUCUGAUGUCCGUGAGUUGGGGAAUGGAGGAAGUGAUGUCAUUGAGUUGGUGAAUGGAGGAUCUGAUGUCCGUGAGUUGGGGAAUGGAGGAAGUGAUAUCAUUGAGUUGGUGAAUGGAGGAACUGAUGUCCGUGAGUUGCUGAAUGGAGGAACUGAUGUCCGUGAGUUGGAGAAUGGAGGAACUGAUGUCCGUGAGUUGGUGCAUGGAGUAAGUGAUGUCCGUGAGUUGGUGAAUGGAGGAAGUGAUGACUGUGAGUUAGUGAACGGAGGAACUGAUGUCCCUGAGUUGGUGAAUGGAGGAAAUGAUGUCCGUGAGUUGGUGAAUGGAGGAACUGAUGUCCGUGAGUUGGUGAAUGGAGGAAGUGAUGACUGUGAGUUAGUGAACGGAGGAACUGAUGUCCCUGAGUUGGUGAAUGGAGGAAAUGAUGUCCGUGAGUUGGUGAAUGGAGGAACUGAUGUCCGUGAGUUGGUGAAUGGAGGAAUUGAUAUCAGUGAGUUAUUGAAUGGAGGAACUGAUGUCCAUGAGUUGGUGAAUGGAGGAAAUGAUGUCCGUGAGUUGGUGAAUGGAGGAAAUGAUGUCCAUGAGUUGGUGAAUGGAGGAACUGAUGUCCGUGAGUUGGUGAAUGGAGGAAGUGAUGUCUGUGAGUUGGUCAAUGGAGGAUGUGAUGUCCGUGAGAUGUUGAAUGGAGGAACAGAUGUCCGUGAGUUGGUAAAUGGAGGAAUUGAUGUCAGUGAGUUAUUGAAUGGUGGAAGUGUUGUCCGUGAGUUGGUGAAUGGAGGAACUGAUGUCUGUGAGUUGCUGAAUGGAGGAAGUGAUGACCGUGAGUUGUUGAAUGGAGGAACAGAUGUCAGUGAGUUAUUCAAUGGAGGAACUGAUGUCUGUGAGUUGGUCAAUGGAGGAAGUGAUGUCAGUGAGUUGGUGAAUGGAGGAACUGAUAUCUGUGAGUUGCUGGAUGGAGGAACUGAUGUCUGUUAGUUGGUCAAUGGAGGAAGUGAUGUCCAUGAGCUGGUGAAAGGAGGAACUGAUGUCUGUGAGUUGGUCAAUGGAGGCUCUGAUGUCCGUGAGUUAAGGAAUGGAGGAAGUGAUGUCAUUGAGUUGGUGAAUGGAGGAUCUGAUGUCCGUGAGUUGGGGAAUGGAGGAAGUGAUGUCAUUGAGUUGGUGAAUGGAGGAACUGAUGUCCGUGAGUUGCUGAAUGGAGGAACUGAUGUCCGUGAGUUGAUGAAUGCAGGAACUGAUGUCCGUGAGUUGGAGAAUGGAGGAAGUGAUGUCCGUGAGUUGGUGAAUGGAGGAACUGAUGUAAAUGAGUUGUUGAAAGGAUGAUGUGAUGUCAGUGAGAUAUUGAAUGGAGGAACUGAUGUCCGUGAGUUGGUGCAUGGAGUAAGUGAUGUCCGUGAGUUGGUGAAUGGAGGAACUGAUGUCCGUGAGUUGGUGAAUGGAGGAAGUGAUGACUGUGAGUUAGUGAACGGAGGAACUGAUGUCCCUGAGUUGGUCAAUGGAGGAACUGAUGUCCAGGAGUUGGUCAAUGGAGGAACUGAUGUCCGUGAGUUGGUGAAUGGAGGAACUGAUGUCCGUGAGUUGGUGAAUGGAGGAACUAAUGUCCAUGAUUUAGUCAAUGUAGGAACUGAUGUCCGUGAGUUGGUGAAUGGAGGAAGUGAUGACUGUGAGUUAGUGAACGGAGGAACUGAUGUCCCUGAGUUGGUGAAUGGAGGAAAUGAUGUCCGUGAGUUGGUGAAUGGAGGAACUGAUGUCCGUGAGUUAGUGAAUGGAGGAAGUGAUGACUGUGAGUUAGUGAACGGAGGAACUGAUGUCCCUGAGUUGGUGAAUGGAGGAAAUGAUGUCCGUGAGUUGGUGAAUGGAGGAACUGAUGUCCGUGAGUUGGUGAAUGGAGGAAUUGAUAUCAGUGAGUUGGUGAAUGGAGGAACUGAUGUCCGUGAGUUGGUUAAUGGAGGAACUAAUGUCUGUGAUUUGGUCAAUGUAUGAACUGAUGUCCGUGAGUUGGUGAAUGGAGAAACUGCUGUCCAUGAGUUGGUGAAUGGAGGAACCGAUGUCCGUGAGUUGUUUAAUGGAAGAACUGAUGUCCGUGAGUUGGUGAAUGGAGGAAGUGAAAUCCGUUAGUUGGUGAAUGGAGGAAGUGAUGUCCGUGAGUUGGUGAAUGGAGAAACUGUUGUCUGUGAGUUGCUGGAUGGAGGAACUAAUGUAAGUGAGUUGGUCAAUGGAGGAAGUGAUGUCCGUGAGCUGGUGAAAGGAGGAACUGAUGUCGGUGAGUUGGUCAGAGGAGGAACUGAUGUCCAGGAGUUGGUCAAUGUAGGAACUGAUGUCCGUGAGUUGGUGAAUGGUGUAACUGAUGUCCGUGAGUUGGUGAAUGUAGGAACUAAUGUCCAUGAUUUGGUCAAGUAGGAACUGAUGUCCAUGAGUUGGUGAAUGGUGUAACUGAUGUCCGUGAGUUGGUGAAUGGAGGAACCGAUGUCCAUGAGUUGUUGAAUGGAGGAACUUAUGUCCGUGAGUUGGUGAAUGGAGGAACUGAUGUCAGUGAGUUAUUGAAUGGAGUAACUGAUGUCCGUGAGUUGGUGAAUGGAGGAAUUGAUGUCCGUGAGUUGUUAAAUGGAGGAACUGAUGUCUGUGAGUUGAUGAAUGGAGGAACUGAUAUCCGUGAGUUGGUCAAUAGAGUAAUUGAUGUCCGUGAGUUGGUGAAUGGAGGAAUUGAAGUCUGUGAUUUAGUGAAUGGAGGAAGUGUUGUCCGUGAGUUGGUGAAUGGAGGGAUUGAUGUCUGUGAUUUGGUGAAUGGAGGAAGUGUUGUCCGUGAGAUGGUGAAUGCAGGAAUUGAUGUCCAUGAGUUGUUGAAUGGAGGGACUGAUCUCUGUGAGUUGUUGAAUGGAGGAAGUGAUGCCUGUGAGUUCUUAAAUGGAGGAACUGAUUUCCAUGAAUAGGUGAAUGGAGGAAGUGAUGUCCGUGAGCUGAAUGAAUGGAGGAACUGAUGUCCGUGAUUUGGUGAAUGGAGGAAUUGAUAUCGAAGAGUUGGUGAAUGGAAGAACUGAUGUACGUGAGUUGGUGAAUGGAGGAAGUGAUGUCCAUGAGUUGGUGAAUGGCGGAACUGAUGUCAGUGAAUUAUUGAAUGGAGGAACUGAUGUCCGUGAGUUGGUGAAUGGAGGAAUUGAUAUCGAAGAGUUGGUGAAUGGAAGAACUGAUGUACGUGAGUUGGUGAAUGGAGGAAGUGAUGUCCAUGAGUUGGUGAAUGGCGGAACUGAUGUCAGUGAAUUAUUGAAUGGAGGAACUGAUGUCCGUGAGUUGGUGAAUGGAGGAACUGAUAUCAGUGAGUUGGUCAAUGGAGGGAGUGAUGUCCGUGAUUUGGUGAAAGGUGAACAGAUAUCUGUGAUUUGCUGAAUGGAGGAAGUGAUAUCCGUGAGUUGGUGAAUAGAGGAAGUGAUGUCCCUGAGUUAUUCAAUGGAGGAACUGAUGUCUGUGAGUUGGUCAAUGGAUGAAGUGAUGUCCAGGAGUUGGUCAAUGGAGGAACUGAUGACUGUGAGUUGGUGAAUGGAGGAACUGAUGUCCGUGAGUUUGUGAAUGGAGGAAAUAAUGUCUGUGAUUUUGUCAAUGUAGGAACUGAUGUCAGUGAGUUGGUGAAUGGAGGAACUAAUGUCCGUGAGUUGGUCAAUGGAGGAAGUGAUGUCCGUGAGUUGGUCAAUGGAGGAACUGCUGUCCGUGAGUUGGUGAAUGGAGGAACCGAUGUCCGUGAGUUGUUGAAUGGAGGAACUGAUAUCCGUGAGUUGGUCAAUGUAGGAACUGAUGUCAGUGAGUUGGUGAAUGGAGGAACUGAUGUCCGUGAGUUUGUGAAUGGAGGAAAUAAUGUCUGUGAUUUUGUCAAUGUAGGAACUGAUGUCAGUGAGUUGGUGAAUGGAGGAACUGCUGUCCGUGAGUUGUUGAAUGGAGGAACUAAUGUCCGUGAGUUGGUCAAUGGAGGAAGUGAUGUCCGUGAUUUGGUGAAUGGAGGAAGUGAUGUCCGUGAGUUGGUCAAUGGAGGAAGUGAUGUCCGUGAUUUGGUGAAUGGAGGAACCGAUGUCCGUGAGUUGUUGAAUGGAGGAACUGAUGUCCGUGAGUUGGUCAAUGGAGGAAGUGAUGUCCGUGAGUUGGUGAAUGGAGGAUGUGAUGCCCGUGAGUUGUUGAAUGGAGGAACUGAUAUCCGUGAGUUAGUGAAUGGAGGAAGUGAUGACUGUGAGUUAGUGAACGGAGGAACUGAUGUCCCUGAGUUGGUGAAUGGAGGAAAUGAUGUCCGUGAGUUGGUGAAUGGAGGAACUGAUGUCCGUGAGUUGGUGAAUGGAGGAAUUGAUAUCAGUGAGUUGGUGAAUGGAGGAACUGAUGUCCGUGAGUUGGUUAAUGGAGGAACUAAUGUCUGUGAUUUGGUCAAUGUAUGAACUGAUGUCCGUGAGUUGGUGAAUGGAGAAACUGCUGUCCAUGAGUUGGUGAAUGGAGGAACCGAUGUCCGUGAGUUGUUUAAUGGAAGAACUGAUGUCCGUGAGUUGGUGAAUGGAGGAAGUGAAAUCCGUUAGUUGGUGAAUGGAGGAAUUGAUGUCCGUGAGUUGGUGAAUGGAGAAACUGUUGUCUGUGAGUUGCUGGAUGGAGGAACUAAUGUAAGUGAGUUGGUCAAUGGAGGAAGUGAUGUCCGUGAGCUGGUGAAAGGAGGAACUGAUGUCGGUGAGUUGGUCAGAGGAGGAACUGAUGUCCAGGAGUUGGUCAAUGUAGGAACUGAUGUCCGUGAGUUGGUGAAUGGUGUAACUGAUGUCCGUGAGUUGGUGAAUGUAGGAACUAAUGUCUAUGAUUUGGUCAAGUAGGAACUGAUGUCCGUGAGUUGGUGAAUGGUGUAACUGAUGUCCGUGAGUUGGUGAAUGGAGGAACCGAUGUCCAUGAGUUGUUGAAUGGAGGAACUUAUGUCCGUGAGUUGGUGAAUGGAGGAACUGAUGUCAGUGAGUUAUUGAAUGGAGUAACUGAUGUCCGUGAGUUGGUGAAUGGAGGAAUUGAUGUCCGUGAGUUGUUAAAUGGAGGAACUGAUGUCUGUGAGUUGAUGAAUGGAGGAACUGAUAUCCGUGAGUUGGUCAAUAGAGUAAUUGAUGUCCGUGAGUUGGUGAAUGGAGGAAUUGAAGUCUGUGAUUUAGUGAAUGGAGGAAGUGUUGUCCGUGAGUUGGUGAAUGGAGGGAUUGAUGUCUGUGAUUUGGUGAAUGGAGGAAGUGUUGUCCGUGAGAUGGUGAAUGCAGGAAUUGAUGUCCAUGAGUUGUUGAAUGGAGGGACUGAUCUCUGUGAGUUGUUGAAUGGAGGAAGUGAUGCCUGUGAGUUCUUAAAUGGAGGAACUGAUUUCCAUGAAUAGGUGAAUGGAGGAAGUGAUGUCCGUGAGCUGAAUGAAUGGAGGAACUGAUGUCCGUGAUUUGGUGAAUGGAGGAAUUGAUAUCGAAGAGUUGGUGAAUGGAAGAACUGAUGUACGUGAGUUGGUGAAUGGAGGAAGUGAUGUCCAUGAGUUGGUGAAUGGCGGAACUGAUGUCAGUGAAUUAUUGAAUGGAGGAACUGAUGUCCGUGAGUUGGUGAAUGGAGGAAUUGAUAUCGAAGAGUUGGUGAAUGGAAGAACUGAUGUACGUGAGUUGGUGAAUGGAGGAAGUGAUGUCCAUGAGUUGGUGAAUGGCGGAACUGAUGUCAGUGAAUUAUUGAAUGGAGGAACUGAUGUCCGUGAGUUGGUGAAUGGAGGAACUGAUGUCAGUGAGUUGGUCAAUGGAGGGAGUGAUGUCCGUGAUUUGGUGAAAGGUGAACAGAUAUCUGUGAUUUGCUGAAUGGAGGAAGUGAUAUCCGUGAGUUGGUGAAUAGAGGAAGUGAUGUCCCUGAGUUAUUCAAUGGAGGAACUGAUGUCUGUGAGUUGGUCAAUGGAUGAAGUGAUGUCCAGGAGUUGGUCAAUGGAGGAACUGAUGACUGUGAGUUGGUGAAUGGAGGAACUGAUGUCCGUGAGUUUGUGAAUGGAGGAAAUAAUGUCUGUGAUUUUGUCAAUGUAGGAACUGAUGUCAGUGAGUUGGUGAAUGGAGGAACUAAUGUCCGUGAGUUGGUCAAUGGAGGAAGUGAUGUCCGUGAGUUGGUCAAUGGAGGAACUGCUGUCCGUGAGUUGGUGAAUGGAGGAACCGAUGUCCGUGAGUUGUUGAAUGGAGGAACUGAUAUCCACUCGGCCUCCUUGUACCUACCCAGAAGCUGAGAAUACGGCAUAGAUGAUCGGAUUCUUUGCAUCGUGGGUCUGCUGCACAAAGAUGUCCUCUGGUGAGAGAGCAGAGAAGAAGUGUUAGUUAGCUCUCAACUCCUGGAGAAGUCUGAAGCUGGACAGUGUACUUUUGGUCAAAUUGCUGAGACAUUCUACUCAAUUGACAAUGAACAUUACCCCAUCCCAACUGUGGAUUUGAUAUCCAGCACCUAUGUUCCCUCUAGGCUGUGUGCAUGUGCGUGUUCACACAUGUUUUUCAAUCAGUGCACAAAGGAAAUUAAUAUGCACACAAAAGAUUUUCCAGAGAUCGCGGUUUUUACGCUUCAGGUCCUGAGUAGAGGCAAAAAAAAUAGGAGUGUUCCAUAGCUCUGACAUCUCAAACUGUCUAAUUCAUGAGUGUCCAACAAGCAGGACAGGUUUACCUACAGGAAAUAAUUUACAAAAACCAGAAAAUGGUGCAGAUGUGCAGGAGGGGCUGUGAAUAGGACAAUCCAGUUUUGAGGAUUCCUUUAUCAUGAGCUUUAACUACUGAGGCUGCUCAAGUGCUGGACAAGUGCAAUAUUGGGUUUCAACUGAAGUCUCUUUUCCCAUCUCAGAGCUAUAAGCUUCUGUUUUCUUUUGUGAAUGAUGAACAGAAGUAGAAGGUUGCCUCUACGAUCUCCAAUUCAUGUUGAUAAUGGAGAGACCAUACAGUAUCUGACUUUCAGCAUCCUUUUUUGCAUGAAUGAUUCAGGGAAAACAUGAAAUGUGGAAAAAAAAUCGGUAGGGUACAUCUGAGUAGCGCCAUCUCAAGAGACAAACAUUGGAAAAGAGGGAUUAGUAUGAUAAUGCAUGGACUAUGCCCCAUCUCAAAUGGCAAAAGAGGAUAGAAAGGAGUUGAGAGUCCUGAACCAAAGGAAACACUGGUAUCAAAUUUGCCUCUUUAUUGCAAGCCCUGGAGAAAUGAUAUUCCCAUCUGCUUCUAUUUCCAUGAUUCAUGCAAUGACUAGGAAAGAAUAUCUUCAAAAGGCAGUGCCUCAAGAAGGUAUCAUCCAUCAUUAAAGAUCCUCACCAUCCAGGAUGUGACCUCUUCUCAUUUCUGCUAUCAGGGAGCCUGAAGACACACGGUCAACAUUUUAGGAAUAGCUUCUUCCCAUCCAUCAUCAGAUUUUGAACUGGUCCGUGAGCACUGAGAAGCCUCAGGACCCACAACAGCAGGUCCAGGAGCAGUUAUUAUCCCUCAACCAUCAGGCUCUUGAACGAGAAAGGAUAACUUCAAUCACUUUCACUCGCCUCAUCACUAAACUGUUCCCCCAAUCUAUGGACUCUUUUUCAAGGACUCUUCAUCUCAUGUUAUUGAUGGAAAUGAAUCUGGAUUGUACCUGCUGAUACAUAUACUUUGUACUUUGUGAGCACAUUGCUUUUUUCACACUUCCUAAUGAAGGGUCCCGGCCCGAACUGUCGACUGUUUAUUCCUCUCCACAGAUGCUGCAUGACCUGCGGAGUUUGUCCAGCAUCUUCACAAUCUUUCGUGUUUACAAUGUGCAUUGUUUAAUAAAAUAAGACUGGGAAUCUUAAAUAUAGGACCUUUUUCAGUAUAUUCUUAUCUGCCUUCCAAGGGAAAAAAAUCUGCCAACCACCCACUGUGUUUCUUUUGGGCAGACAAUGCAGACAAUCUAACCUGCUUCAUUUCUUUGAGGUUUGUCCAUCACAAAAUAAUAGGCUAUGUUUACUCUGAGGGUCAGUCACCUAAUAUUGUGUGGUCAGUCAAUCUCUUUGUCUGUUACCGUGAGGUCAGUUGUCAGUCAUACUACAGUAAUUCUAGAUGGGUGCUCUAUGUUUCUGAGAGGGCCAGUCACUCAGGUCUGCUUGCAUUACUGUGGGGACCAGUCAUCACUUUGUAAUGGGGAUAUGCUACUGUGAGAGACAGGCAACACCUGUAAUGAGACUCUUCCCCACCCAUACACCCCACUUCCCAUACCCAGCUCCUCUGAGUGAGAUCCCUACUGCCAACUUACUGCCUUUAAACCAGAUUCUGAUGGUCAGUUUCCCUCUAAAGAGGCUCUAAUAGUAGUUCUUCCUCCCUCUGAGGUCAUUAGGAAACUCUUUCACCUGUUUCAUGUGUAUAAGCCAUCAAAAAUCUUCUGUAAAGUGGACCCUUGGUUGAAAAUACCCUGCAGGCCAAGAGCCAGGAAGUUUCAAUUGCAUAGGCAUACCUUACACAGCAGUUAAUAGUAAAGAUAAUAACAACAACUAUUAUUUCUUACAUUACAUUCUUCAUACUUUCACCAAAGAGCUCAUUACAGGGGAACCAGAGAGCUAUGAAAACUUAAAAGCCACCUACUUUGGCUGUAAGCAUGAAUGGGAGCUUUGUUGCAGGGCAUCUUGUUGAAAAAACCAGGAUUUCUAACCCUGCAAUUUAAGCUAAUUUUAAAAUACAAGCAACAUAUUUCACUGGGAUAAAACGUGGCCUGGACUGAACCACAGGCCCAUCUCAUCUGAUGGCUUUAUGGGUGUGGGGCCUGUGAUGUGGUUCUCAACCAUACUGGCUGGGCUGGGCUGGGCUGCAGUACAAUGGAUUAGCAGUUGGGCUGCUACAGUCACUCACAGUGCCAAGAGGGAGGCCACAUGAAGAAUAAGAGACAGGAGAAGAACAGGCUUAACAGCUUUUCAGGCUAACUGUGGGAUUCAAAGCCAUACCUCAGUUCUGUUUUCCUAACUAAUCCCUUUGCUUUGGUGCUCAAAAACUUUUGAAGUUUCGAAGUACGUAUACAGUUAUACAACCCUGAGAUUUCCCCUCCUGCAGGCAGCCACUAACAAAGAAGCACCCUUUCAUCAUCAGUGACCCCCACCAACCAGGACAUGCUCUCUUCUCGCUGCUACCAUCAGAACUCAUAGCACGAGGUUCAGGAACAGUUAUUAACCCUCAGCCAUCAGGCUGUUCGCUCAACUUCACUUGCCUAAUCACUGAGAUGUUCCCACAACCUCUGGACUCACUUCCAGGAACUCAUGUUCUCGGUAUUUAUUGUGUAUUUGUUUACUUAGUUAUCAUUAUUUCUUUCUUUUUGUAUUUGCACAGUUCAUUUUUUGUCUUUGGCACAUUGGGUAAACAUCCAAGAUGAUGCGGUGUUAUAUUGAUUCUAUUAUGGUAAUUAUUCAACUGUGGAUUUAUUGAGUAGUCCACAAGAAAAUGGUGACAUAUAUGUACUUUGAUAAUAAAUUUACUUUGAACUUUUGAACUUUGUUUAAAUAAAAAUCCUACACAACGAAGACCAUCGAACACCCAAUGCAUGAGAAGAACAAAGUCACACAAGCAACAAAAAGCGAGCAAAUAGCACGGAGAACACUAAACCCCCGAGUCCCCCAAGGACAGAGCACAUUCCUGAGCCGCCAGGGUGAGUGAAACCGGUCCUGAAGCCAGUGGUCGCAGGCCACAGCUACAGCGUCAGUCAGCUCAGUGCUGUGUCAGGCUACAGCCCCAGCGCCAGUUCCACACCGAAGACCCUUGAUCAAAUCGUGCAAAUAGUAAAACUGAGUAAACAAAAACACAUGGAACACAAACUGCAGAAAUCUUGAAAUUACUCACAGCUGUGGAGCGUUUUCAUCACUAAGGACAUUUAACAUUAAACUGCAGAGUCUCUGAAAAUCAGUGUGCAGCCACCAGAGGCCGAGGAAUUUUGAUCCCAAGACUCCCGCACCUUCCUCUGGCAGCAGUAAGAGGAAGACGGGCAGAUAUUCAUUUUCUGCUCUCACACUUGUCAGUUUUAAUCUUGCUCAACACUUUAAUCAGUGUGGAGUGAUGGACCCACCACCUGUUGGUGUUCUGCCAUUGCCUCAUCCUCGUCAAAUCGCAAAAGCACCAAAUCACCUAGUCGGUUCAAAAAUACAUCCUUGAAAUGGAAAUACAGGCAGCAAUUGAUGCACGUUUAGAAGAAGAAGAGUGUGGAGUAGUUUUGAGAUCUGUCUGCAGGAUGUCGCUGCCAGUCACUGGCGCAAUCUUGCCUGAUAGCAAUUGAAUAGUUCCAUAUGAAUAUACUCAAAUAACCCAGAGAGUUUUGGGAUGUGGGAUGAAACCAUACCAUUUGGAGGAAAGGUAAAUGAUCACAGGAAAGCAUGGCAGUGUAGUGGUUAGCUCAGGGAAUCAGAGUUCAGAGUUUAAUUCUGGAUUGUCCUCCCUGUGAAAUGCAUCGGUUUUCUCCCGGUGCUCCACAGUUCAAAGAUAUACCAGUUGAUUGGUUAAUUGGUUAUUGUAAGAAGACCUGUGAUUUGGCUAGGGGUAAAUAGAGGGUUGCUGGCCAACGCAGCUCAAAGGGCAAGAAGGCCUAUUCCACGCUCUAUCUCAACAAAUAAGUUUUGCAAAUAUAAACCUGGAGAUGGGGCUAUCAGGUAGAGGGUCUAAUAGUUACACCUUUGUGAGGGCCUCAUGAUUUACUCACAUCUGAUUUUUGUGGUACUCUCAAUCUAAACCAUUUUCUCUUUUUGACUAUUCCUCUUUUACACUAUUUAUUUUGUAGUUAUACUAAUUUUUAUGUCUUGGACUGCACUGUUGCCACAAAACAAUGGAUUUCAUGCAUACUGUAUGUCAGUGAUAAUAAACCUGAUUCUAAUUCUGA